UAAAAAGGAAUAGCGAGAAAUAGCAGCUGACAGCCAAUCAGAAGUAAGCUUUAAACGGACUUGUUCCUUAUUGAGGUGGUGGGGAGAGAACAUGAAAGAAUGAGUCCGUUUAAAGAUUGCUUCUGAUUGGCUGUCAGCUGCUGUUCCUCGGUGUACCUUUUUACGUGUGAUAGUCCUAACAAUCUAACAUAUUACUUCAGAUAAGCAGAAGAAGUAGGAUAUAGAUAUAUAAAGCAAUUCUUUAGUCUCUAUAUUCUUCUCUAAAGACAAAGAUGCCAUUUUAUCAGUUCAAUUCGUUGACUGGUCGUCUAAAAGAAUCUUCCCAAUUACAGCCUCUAUAUCCUAUAUCAACAGAUCCACUGAAUAAACUUAAUCCUCCAAAUAUGAUCUGGGAUUCUAUUAAAACCAAGACUUUAAAAACAACUUCAACAUCAUCAGCAGCUUUUUCUACAUUAGACCCAAAGUUGAUUGCUAAGUAUAAAAAAUUUCAGGCAAAUCUUGAGAAGCCAGUAUAUUUGAUGGGUGGAACACCAGAUAAAAUUUUAUUUGGUAUAACCUGUGUUCUGGUAGCAGCUGGAGUUAUUAAGAGUCUUAAAUUAUGUUAUGAUAUGGCUAAUCCGAAAAAAGAAUAAGAAAUUAUUUCAAAUAUUAGAAAUUAUGAAUUUAUUGAAUUAACAAUAAUUAAACUAGUUAAACAUAUUCUGGGAAUUAUAUAAAAUUCAGUUAAUAAAUAUUAUUACAGUACGUAA